AUGGAUAUCAACCUGACACUGACUUUUUACGCCCUACUUCUGUCUGCUCUGUCAUACGGAGUCAGAGCAGAGGGCAGGUGCACAGACGAGGACCUGAUCAAACUUGGUUUUAAGGCAGAACCAAUAACCGAUGAAUCGCUUAUACGACUUGGAGUCACAAGAUAUAUCGUCGACGUAUGGGUACGAUGGAGUGCCAAUAUUAUGCUUUCAGCUCAUCCUAGGAUGACUAUUGCAAGGAUAUAUAGAGAUUUGCUGGAAGAGGGUAUAGAAGGAUUCGAUCCGGAUUGCCUAUACUGCUUUGUUCAAAGGGCAGAAUGUAUACAGGCCUCUUGCCCUGACGCAUGUAAAUCAGACAAUUUGAGCGAUGACUGUGUCAGAUGCACCGAUGUUAAUUGCCGACAUGGAUUCGUAGGCUGUGUCGGCAAAGAGACCAUUAGCCCAGCUGAUCACAAAGACUUUCUGAAAACACGUGGAUUAUAA